AUGUCAACCACGAAUAAGGUCCUCGUCACCCCAGAGGAGGGCACAAAGGUUGGGCCUAUCCAUGAAUAUACUGCCGAACAGAAGGCUAAAAUAACUGCCUUGGAAGAGUACGCACACACUCUUUUGCUCCCCGAGAGCGACCCUUAUCAUAAAUGGGAGCUUCGAUGGCUGAAUAAACCAGAUACGAUGCCCAGAUAUAUGCGCUCGGCCAAGUGGAAUUAUCCUGACGCCCAAAAGCGUAUCAAAGCUACGAUUGAAUGGCGCAGGGAUUUCAAACCCGAUUUGAUCCCCCCAGACGAGGUUAAGAUUGAAAGCGAGACGGGAAAGAUUAUUAUCAACGGAUUUGACAAAGACGGCCGUCCGAUUAUUUAUAUGCGUCCAGGACGAGAAAACACAGAGUCGAGUCCCCGUCAACUGCGACAUUUGGUGUGGUGUUUAGAACGGGCCAAAGAUCUAAUGCCUCCAGGGCAGGAAUCCCUUGUCAUUAUUGUCGACUACAAGAGCACCACUCUGCGAACUAAUCCCUCUAUAUCUAUUGCGCGUAAAGUCCUACAUAUCUUACAACAACAUUACGUAGAGACACUCGGUCGUGCGCUAGUAGUGAAUCUUCCCAUGAUCCUCAAUUUCUUCUACAAGGGUAUAUCUCCAUUUCUUGAUCCCGUCACACGCGAUAAGAUGCGUUUCAAUCCCAAUUUGCUGGAACUCAUUCCCGCAUCACAUUUGGAUGCUGAUUUCGGGGGUGAAUUUAGUUAUGAGUUCGAGCCGCAUAGCUAUUGGAAUCAGAUUGUCAUGGCGUGUCGUGUAGCCCCAGAUGGAACACGUAUAGAAGGAGAGCUAGAGUCGUCAUCGAAUACCCCGCGCGAUGAAGCAUCCUCAGAGGCAACUACCGCCAUCGAUAUUCCUGCCGUAGACAAGCUUCCUGACCUUUCCUUUAACCAACAUCCUGAGCCUCAGACUGUUUCCUUAGUCGCUUGA